AUGUUCGCCCUGUAUCGGCACAGCAACAGCGACGCCGAAUUCAAGUACCUCCACAUUUACAAGCGCAUUGACAAGUGCGAGAAGUGGGCGGAAGUCCAGCGCACCCUCGACAAGGUCAAGGAGACCUACAAGCCGGACGCACCCGGCGCGCCGACUCCGGGCGUGUCAGAAGGGCGGCCGGACGGCAACAAAGGGGCACUAGUGUGCCGCGUCACGGCCAUGGACGACAAAACUUCGGAGAGGGAGGAGUGGCACCGGUCCAGCGAUCUGAGGAGGGGAGGAGGGUCUCUUCGGACGCGCCUGCUCGACCGCGACCUGCAGCGGGUCAGCGGCGACCUGCGGGUGGCGCUAGCCGCAGAGGAGAAGAACAAGCAGGCCAUGGAGGAGCUGCUGCUGGCGCUCAAGGAGGUGAACGCGGAGCUGCACACCACGCGGCAGCAGCUGGUGCGCCCGCAGCACGAGUCAGAAACGGCGAGGCUGGAGUCGGACCGGGUGCACGUGUCCCUAAAGCGCAAGGACGACAAGGUCUGCGCGCUGUCCGACGAGGUGGCCCGCCUCCGCUCCGACGCCGAGGAGGCGUUCGCCACGUUCCGGGGCAAGGAGGCCGGGUUCACGGCGUGCAUGAAGUCGUCGGAAGCGGAGUUCGCCGCGUCCCGGCGCGAGAACGCGCGACUCCUCGAGUCGCAACGGUCUGGGCGGCACGAGGUGGCCAAGCUGCGGGACAUCCUGAAGCAGGCCGUCAAGGACACCAAGUUCGUCAAGGAGGCGCUGGAGGAGGUGAGGAGCGAGAACGCCAUGCUCAAGGAGAUGGUCGGGAGCAAGGACACCGCCGUCAAGUGCAGCAAGGAGGAGCUGGAGUGCCUCCGGGUGAGCGAGGCCGCGGCGCGCGACAACAUCAAGGAGCUGCAGAGCUUGCUGGUGGCCACGUCGGUGAGUCCCACCCCCACGCCGUCCGCGGCGGCAGGAGCGGGAAGGUCGUUUGACCUGGAGGACCUGUCGCCGCGGACGAGAUCGACGGGAUCGCACUGGAGUAGAGGGAGAGAGAGGGGAUUGAGGAUUAGGAAGAGAGAGAGGGAUUAA